AUGGAUCCCGAUGACGUCAAGCUCGCGAUCCAGUCCAAGUCAAUUUCUCAUUCUCUCAGCCGCCGCCUCGAGAGUCUCCUCCGGUCGAUGGGCGUAGGAGAAGGCGAGUACGAGCCACGUGUCGUCCACCAGUUCCUCGACCUCUGCUACCGCUACGUCGUCGACGUCCUCACCGACGCCCAAGUCUACUCCGACCACGCGGGGAAACCCGCCAUCGAUCCCGAUGACGUCAGGCUCGCGAUCCAGUCCAAGGUCAAUUUCUCCUUCUCUCAGCCGCCGCCUCGAGAGGUAUUGCUUGAGCUUGCCAGAAGCCGAAACAAGAUUCCGCUGCCCAAGAGGAUAGCACCUCCUGGAUCAAUUCCACUGCCACCCGAACAAGAUACCCUUAUAAAUCCCAAUUACCAGCUCUUAAUACCAAGGAAGCAACCUUUACAAGUCGAGGAAACCGAGGAAGAAGACACAUCCAAUCCAAACCCAAACCCUAACCCUAACCCUGACUCUGCUCCUUCAUCAUCCCAAGAGCAAAGGACGAGUAAUGAGCAACAACAGCAGCAGCAGCAGCUAGGCCAACAAAGGGUCUCUUUUCCCCUUUCUGCAGGAGCAAAGAGGCCAAGAUGAGAGACGGAGAGAGUAUACUUAUGGUGUAUUAAUUUUAUUUUGUAUUCUUAUGCAUUUGUUUGCCUCUCCUUAUUAGGAGUCCUGUAAUUUUUAGCACAAGUUUUAUCUAGGAACCUGCAUAAAAUAGAGUGACCUACGUCAUUUAUCGGAGGACAGAGGGUUUGUUUGAAAUUUUAACUAAUUCUAUUUACGGCUGAAACUAUCUGAACUCUUAUGGGAGUUAUUUAUUUAUUAUUUUUUUAAUGCAA